AUGGGGAAGAAAAUAAAAAGACCCAGGGCCGGAGUCCAAGGAGGAAGUGAGGAACAUACUGUACAUCAGACAAAGGACAGUCCAGAAAGAGGUCUCCUUCAAGAAGAUUUGGCACCCGAACAGCUUGAAAGUGUAAGCAUAGAACCACAAGACCAAUUUGGUGAUCAGAACGAGUGUAAACAGUUGCCUCAAAACAAUGACGUUGGAUUAGACAGUACUGCUGUUCCAUACUUCCCUCUAGUACAUCAGAAGAGCUCACUUUCUGCAGCUGAGGUAAGUCCCGUCACCGCGCACAAGGACGACAGCGGAGAAGGCGACAUUUUUGAUUUGACUCUUCUGAAAUCGGCGAGUCCUAAAAAAGAGAGUGAAAGUGAGAUUUCCGCAAACCAAGAGGAAGACAAAGAAAGGCACCAGGAUCUGGUUGGGGCUCAACUCGAUCAAGACGAUCACGCUGCAAAUGACGGUACUUCGAUGCCUGAACAAACUCAUGAAGAGGAAGCCCAGAUUCCGGAAGAACAGUUUGAAGCCGUUGUCAUUCCAAAGGUCACUGAUGACGCAGAGUUAGGUACCGGAACCGCAGUUGAUGGGAUUUCUCAAAAUUCACCAAACAGAAGUAAUACGCCAGAUGAACCUAUAGAAGAAGCAGAAGAAGGCAUUGAAGAGAUUGCGCCCACUCAGGACAAUGAGGCAAUUCAGGAGGAAUGUGCUGACAUUAUAGAGCAUCCAGAUGAGAUUUCAGAACCCCAAAGCACAAAUGUCGAGCAGACAAUACCGGUGGUUGGAGCCGAACAGAUGUUGCCAGAAACUUCCACAGGCGAGCAGUCAAUUAUAGACACCGAUCAAACGGAUAGAGCUGUUGAAACCGAGUCUUUGGAUCAAAAUACCGGCUCUUCAGAGAAGCCUGCUGAGUCCUCAGAGGAGCCUUCCGCGCAUGAACAACCUCCCUCAAUAUCCCCUGGACCUUACUCGUUAUCCAAGAUAAUCGACGAGAUCCCCGUCAAAAACCCGGAGAUCCCCGAGUCUGAAAAUGCACAGAUAACUUGUGUGGAGGCCUGGGAGUCCAAUAUAUACAUUGGAACCUCAAUUGGUGAAAUUUUGCACAUGUACAAGCUUGACGAUGAAAUGGGCUACAUUCUUGUUUCAAGACAAAGAUUUCAUGCAGCCAAGAUAAAGCCUGUUUUGAAGAUAAUACUUCUCACCCCAAUUCAAAGAGCAUUGGUUCAAUGUGGCUCGGUGAUAUCUCUUUUCAUGCUGCCCGAGUUUUCUCCAGCCAACAUAGGAAGAAUACGAGAUGUCAACGAUGUCUCUCUGGAUUUGCAACAGUUGAAACUGGACUCAAAGAAACACAAUUAUGAGACCGCAAGUGUCAGUGAUGAUCCUACACAGAACUCAGUCGAGCUCACGAUAUUCACCAAGAAGUGCAUUCGAAUGAUAAGAGUUACCACUGCUGGUAUCAGACUAAUCAAGGACCUCAAUUAUGCUAACUCAGUCAAUGGUAUCAGACGAGCAGGGUUUGCAGCUGUAGCUACCUCCUCAAACUACGACCUGUUGGAUCUGGAGAAGGUCCAAAAGAUUCCUCUUUUCCCUGUUUCUCAGGGUGAGCCUUCUUCGAUCUUGAAGCCAUUGAUAGUACCGGUAGCAAAGUCCGAGUUUCUGUUUGCCUGCGGUACAGGCAAUUCGGAUCCUGCAAUGGGAAUGGUGGUGAACAUCAACGGUGAUAUCAGUCGAGGAACCAUUCCUUGGGCAUCUUAUCCAACCACUUUGAUUAUUGAUUAUCCCUAUACCUUGAGCGCUGUGAGCUCUUCGAAAGUCUUAGUUCAUUCUCUGCACAAUCAGUUGGAAUGCCAGCAGAUAAGCUUCACAAGUCAUAUAGAAGUGACAACGGUCUCGCACGUUUUCCAGGCUCCGUCCACAGAGCUCGCAGAAGCAAUAACCGAGGUUUCUCUACUUCAUCGUGAUGUCACCAGUCCCGACAGCACCUUGGCCAGACAAUCGUCAUUGAAGAAGUCCACAGUGUUGGUCUACGGUGAGGAUAGUGGGCUCUAUGUACUGUUCCCAACAUCGCGUAUUGGCAGACUGAUGAACAUUGCGUCGAGGACCACAAAGCAAAACCGAACCAAUGUGGUUGACGAGCUUGAAGAAGAAAUUAAAGAGAUUGACUCCACCACAGAAUUCGGGGAAAUAGAGAAACACAUCUCGGAGUGUCUGAUUGGACUAAUCCUUCUACAGUACCAUGACUUUAACCAGUCCUUCGACUACUGGUUCACGGGUCUGUUGGACCCUCGUCUCGUGCUGUACAUUUUUGGUUCUGGAGAUCAAUUAGAGGAUGACAUUCAAGUUUAUUCGGUGCUGGUUCCCCUCAUAGAUGCUAUUCAGAAACAGUACGAGGCCGACCUUUCGAAUGAGCCAAACUCGCUGAAUACUGCAAUUCAUGUCUUCUACAGAUUCUUUUUGAGAACUUGGCUCAGCAACAGGGAAGCUUUGAGUUUCCCAGGAAAAAAGAAGGAGGAUACCAUCAAGACACUUGAGUUGUGCUUGCUUCGAGAAUGCCUGCCUGCUCCGACGUCCAAGGCAGAACUUGCAGAGCAGAUCAACAUCGUUGUGGGGAGCGUGGUCAUGGCUUCAGAUGAGGCUGUCUCAUGGCUUCAGGCUCAUCAGAAGUACGUUUUAUUGUUGAAACUCUACGAGGGCAGGACUGAAGUUGCAAGUGCUGUGGCUCUAUGGAAAAGGCUGAUAUCCAAGGAAAUCGUUGAUGCUGAUCUCCAGCUCGAAUUUGAGGGAGAGUCAGAUCCCAUUCAAAAAGCGCUAGAGCAUCUAGUUGACUUCAUUGCAAUUUACUGUGAGGACAGUGGACUGUUUUGGACUUCUGUGGAGUGGUUAAUAGAGUCGCACCCGCGUUUUGCUCUGUCUCUUCUGGGUGACUCCAGGGUAAAAGUUGACAUAAACGAGUCCAGAGUCUUAAAACUUCUCAGCAAGUCUCAGUCGGACUUGCAACAGAUAAAACUGGAGUAUCUGGAGUUUAUUGUGAAUUCGAAGAGAGAAAAACAGUUUUUAGGUGAUUUGGUGGUACAUCUAGUUGACUCAAUGGUCCAACUGAUUGAGGGCGAUUCUGGUAUUCGCAACCACCUCGAGACUCUUGUGAAGUCAUAUAACGAAUUGAGUAUACCUCGAAUGCCAUUCCCAGCCUACAUGAUUUACGAGGCAGAGAGAGCUUCUAUCACGAAAUUUUUGGAUCUUAACGACCGGUUAAUGCGUCACCUCUACUACGUGACGAGCGAAACCAAAACCGUCACCAGCCAAACCGAAGAGGCCACAGUUGUCGAUACCUGUUUCCGAAAACUUGACCCAUUCAAGGAAGUCCUGCCAUAUCUUACUGCAGCAAUUCAUUACAAGAAGCACAUGUUCGGAAUGGUGGUUAAUACGUUCUGCCAUCUGGGGGACUACCAAGCUGCUGAAAACUUUGCAGUUAGUCUUGAAUUUCCACUAUUUAUUGCGCUUAAGGACUCCAAAGUGCAGAAUGAUGAUACAAAGGAUACAAAGAAUACGAAGGCAGAAUCUGAGACUCUUCUUUUCCAAAUCUUCGAGAUAUAUCUCGAACUGGACGAGACAGAGCUUAUAGAGAGCUUCUUGAAUCGUUUCAACAUGUUCAGUUCUUCGCAGAGCACUAAUACAGAAGAUGUGUUUGAAUUGUUUGAUAACUUUGUCACUCUUUUGAACCGCAUUCCAGACAAGUUUCGUGUUGGUCAAACAUCAUCAUUUCUUUCCAAGAACCUGAUAUCGAUUCAAGAUCAUGUAUCGUUAUCCAAUGUUCACAAGGCGAUAUCCAAGUCCGAAAGUCUCUCAUAUACAAAGGCUUUGGACGCGUUAAAAGCCUCACAGCCAUAG